ACACGGUCACUCGGAGUCGGGACUGCGAAGAAGCAAGUUACUUUGAGCGUUGCUACUGCUUCCAGGGAUGUCCGAAAGAGGAAAGAGGAAGGACGACCAGGAUCACGCUUCCGACGGCGAUUCUGAGGGCCACGCGCCACCUAAGAAGUUCCAAAAGAAGGAUUCCGGUGACUCUGAUGAUAUCGUCGUCUGCGAGAUAUCUAAGAACAGACGGGUGACUGUGAGGACCUGGAAUGGCAGGAUUUGGGUAGAUAUUCGGGAAUUUUACGUCAAGGAUGGGAAGCAAUUGCCUGGAAAGAAAGGUAUCUCACUGAGCAUUGACCAGUGGAAAGUGCUUCGGGAUCAUGUUGAUAAAAUUGACGAUGCUCUUGCGGAGGAUUCCUAGGAAGGGAGAUCAAGUGGAUACAUUAAUCUUAUUGCUAACUUGGAAUUUUCUUUUAGUUUCGUGGGUUAGCAGUGGCACUGACAGGGCAAUAUUAUGUAAUUACCUUAGUAUGAAGACCUUGUUAGUUGUUACCGAAAAUAUCUUGGGGAUCUGGGUUUUUUAUAGGGGUGUGGAAGGUGGGGAUUUGAAAUUGACCCUCUUUAAUGCCUGAAAAACGCUUGACUGCACUUUUGUAUGUUUAAUUAGUGAUUAGCGAUUUCCUUUAUCGUUAAGAGCAGCAUGUCAUUAAGAUUUGCUUUUACAUGUUUUAUGCUUUUUA